AUAACUCGCGCGUUAUUUAUAUUAUAUAUUAACAAUCACAAAAUUGUAUAUGAAGCUAAUGGCAAAACAACAAAUGACAUUACUAAACAUCAGAAGGUUUGUAUAAUAAUUCAAAUACUUCCAGAAAAGUAUACAACUCUAAAAAAUUCGCCACGUGGUUUUGUCGCCAUAGCCACGAGCGGCUCCGUGACGACAGCGACAUAUACGUGUCAAACGAACUACACUUUGUGGGGCAACGCGUCACGUGUCUGCCAAACAAACAACACGUAGACCGGGUCUGAACCGAUCUGCAGCUGUGCAGUCCCGCCGACACCGGGGAGCGGAAGUGUGGUGGUGAACAGUAACGGCACCGUUGCCACGUUCUCUUGUAACGUCGGAUACACGUUGAGUGGCGGGAGGACUCGAAUCUGCCAAAACGGAUCGAUCUGGUACGGAUCGAACCCCACAUGUGCAAUCUGCAAGAUAAUGACCAAUCCCUGGAGCGGAAAAGUGACGUUGUCCACUAACGGACAGGUCACCAAGGCGACGUACUCGUGCAACUCGGGGUACACGCUGACGGGCGUGACGGACCGCACGUGCUUGGCAGACGGCAACUGGGAUGGGACAGAAUCCACGUGUUCUGAAGUCUCUACAUCUGUUUCAACCACGGAGAGUACAGAAAGCCAUAACGAGAAGAUUAAUAGCGCCUUACUGGCUGCAACCGUGGCCGUAUCUUCGGUCCUUGGGGUGGUUGUUGUUGCUGUUAUAGUUGUGCUUGUGUUGUACAUUAGGAGACGACAUGGCAAUUCUGCAAGAGAGACCUCUGCUUACACAGAAUCCAUUCCCCAACAUGUGUACGUAAACAGGGCAGCAGAACAAAAUCCAGACGACCAUGACUACCUUCAAAUGACAACCCCUAAACAACUCGGACAGAUAUAGAGUGUUGCAAAAACCAAAGCCCCUUCAACGAAAAUACUUGUUGAAGAAAAAAUACUUUAAUAAGUUUAAAGUCCGGAGUUGUAGAAACUUAUGUGAUUUUGAAAUUUACUCUCAGAUAUUUAAAUAACAAGUACUGAAAAUUAGGAUUACAAUAAAUAUAAGAGGUGUUUACGGAAUUGUGGACAUUGUACCUGAUCCAGAAAUGAUUACUAUAAACGACAAAAAAGGAAAAAAGAAAAAGAAAACCAAAUGCAAAAUUCUUGAAAGAGAAAGGUCAUCGCCCGGAACACAACCCACAAAAUAAAUGCAGAUAAACACUCGAGACUGAUACCUAAUUGUUACAGGUAGUUCACCUAGCUUCAUUGUGGAUUUGCUUAUGACCAUUAUCAACAACACCAGUAGUCAUGACUUCUUAUAGGACAGUUAUAAGUUGUCAUUUCCAAACACUACAGCACUUCUUUAUAGUUCUCUUGUCGUGAGUUAAUCGCCUCUGUUACAAAAUAUCUAAAGAAAUCUGUCAUCAAUAUGUAAAAAGAUAUGUAUGUAACUUUUUGCGCGACUUAAUAUGCAAGGAUUCAGUUCCAUGUAUUGCAUAGGAAAGUUAUAUUAAUUCAUACAUAAAAUUGUCAUACAAUAAAUGCAAUGUAUUGAAAUUACACGAUCAACAAAUGCUUCUGAUCAUUGCAAUUAAUUCUUAGAAUUAUUCAAUGUAAUAUAUUUUGAAAUACUUCGGAAGAAAGGUUUGUACAAUAUUUAUUUCACAAUGUAAUGCACAUGACUUUGUAUUCAUGCAAUAUGUAGAUGUAUAUGAACAUGUUGUAAUUGCAUAAUAAUUAUGUUUUUAAUGUGUAUAUAAUUAUGCCAUGUUUAUUUUAUUUCUGCAUGCGUGCCUUCUUGUAAGGUGCCUAUGCACCUGUGCUGUUGCAAUUAUGAGACAGAAAAGCCUUUAGUAAACCUGCACACUAAGGCUUGGACUCUCACUCGGAGAAUCAGAUCAGUCUUCCUUGUUUAAAAACUUUUAUACACUGUGUUGUUCAUCUGUCAUAUUUAUUUCCGGUUUUAGGGG